AUAGACACUGCAGUCUUGCAAUUUGCUCUUUUUCACGCCCAAUAGAAGAGCCUAAUACUCCAAUUACCCCGCUCAUACUGUUUGUCUUCCCCGCAUCAGCCGCACAUCUAGUCUACUCUUUCCGCCACUUGCUGCAAAAAACACCAUCUGACUCUACUGUUUGCAGCUCCGAACACUUCACACACCCGUCACCAUGUCUGGGGAGACUUUCGAGUUCCAGGCUGAGAUCUCUCAGCUGCUCGGUCUCAUCAUCAACACCGUCUACUCGAACAAGGAGAUCUUCCUGCGAGAACUCAUCUCCAACGCCUCCGAUGCCCUUGACAAGAUCCGAUAUGAGGCCCUCUCAGACCCAAGCAAGCUUGACAGCGGCAAGGACCUUCGCAUCGACAUUAUCCCCAACAAGGAGGCUAAGACCCUCACCAUCCAAGAUAGCGGUAUUGGCAUGACCAAGGCCGACCUCAUCAACAACCUGGGUACGAUUGCCCGCUCAGGCACAAAGCAGUUCAUGGAGGCCCUGUCAGCCGGUGCCGACAUUUCCAUGAUUGGUCAAUUCGGUGUUGGUUUCUACUCCGCAUACCUCGUCGCUGACCGCGUCACCGUCGUAUCAAAGAACAACGAUGAUGAGCAGUACAUCUGGGAGUCAAGUGCCGGUGGUACCUUCAAGAUCACCGAGGACACUGAGGGCGAGCAGAUUGGCCGUGGUACCAAGAUCAUCCUCCACCUCAAGGAUGAGCAGAUGGACUACCUUAACGAGAGCAAGAUCAAGGAGGUCGUCAAGAAGCACUCCGAGUUCAUCUCAUACCCCAUCUACCUUCACGUCCUGAAGGAGACCGAGAAGGAGGUUGAGGAUGACGAGGCCACCGAGGAGAAGGUCGAGGAGGGUGAUGAGAAGAAGCCCAAGAAGGUCAAGGAGUCCAAGAUCGAGGAGGAGGAGCUCAACAAGACCAAGCCCAUUUGGACCCGCAACCCACAAGACAUCACCACUGAGGAGUAUGCCUCAUUCUACAAGUCGCUAUCCAACGACUGGGAAGACCACCUUGCCGUCAAGCACUUCUCCGUUGAGGGUCAGCUCGAGUUCCGUGCCAUCCUCUUCGUUCCCAAGCGCGCACCUUUCGACCUGUUCGAGACCAAGAAGACCAAGAACAACAUCAAGCUCUACGUCCGCCGUGUCUUCAUCACCGACGAUGCUACUGACCUGAUCCCUGAGUGGCUCAGCUUCGUCAAGGGUGUCGUCGACUCUGAGGACCUGCCCCUCAACCUGUCUCGUGAGACCCUCCAGCAGAACAAGAUCAUGAAGGUCAUCCGCAAGAACAUUGUCAAGAAGACCCUCGAGCUCUUCAACGAGAUUGCCGAGGACCGCGAGCAGUUUGACAAGUUCUACUCUGCCUUUGGCAAGAACAUCAAGCUUGGUAUCCACGAGGACUCCCAGAACCGUGCCGCCCUCGCCAAGCUCCUUCGCUUCAACUCCACCAAGUCUGGUGAGGAGCAGACUUCUCUCACUGACUACGUCACCCGCAUGCCCGAGCACCAGAAGCAGAUGUACUACAUCACUGGUGAGUCGCUCAAGGCUGUCCAGAAGUCGCCCUUCCUCGACACUCUCAAGGAGAAGGGCUUCGAGGUUCUCUUCCUCGUUGACCCCAUUGACGAGUACGCCAUGACUCAGCUCAAGGAGUUUGACGGCAAGAAGCUUGUCGACAUCACCAAGGACUUUGAGCUUGAGGAGUCCGAGGAGGAGAAGAAGGCCCGUGAGGCUGAGGAGAAGGAGUACGAGGGUCUGGCUAAGAGCCUCAAGAACGUCCUCGGCGACAGGGUCGAGAAGGUUGUUGUCUCCCACAAGCUCGUCGGCUCACCAUGUGCCAUCCGUACCGGCCAGUUCGGUUGGUCAGCCAACAUGGAGCGUAUCAUGAAGGCCCAGGCUCUCCGUGACACCUCUAUGAGCUCUUACAUGUCUUCCAAGAAGACCUUUGAGAUCUCACCCAAGUCCGCCAUCAUCAAGGAGCUCAAGCGCAAGGUUGAGGCCGACGGUGAGGACGACCGCACUGUCAAGUCCAUCACCCUCCUUCUCUUCGAGACCUCUCUCCUUGUCUCUGGCUUCACCAUUGACGAGCCUGUUCAGUACGCUGAGCGCAUUCACAAGCUCGUCUCCCUUGGUCUGAACGUCGACGAGGAGGUUGAAACCGAGCAGGAGAAGGGUGAGGCCUCAACCGAGGCGCCCGCCGCCGCUGGCGAGAGCGCCAUGGAGGAGGUCGACUAAGCGUGUCGCCUGUGUCGCCUGGUUUCAAAAAGUUUGGUCGGCGCUUUGAUAUCCCUUUCAUGUGUCAUGGCUUUCCUUUUCUUUCUACAUCUUUUGCAUGAGGACGGAGCUUAAUCUUCGAUGGAGUCUUAGAGUGGUGGACCUUUAUGCAUCACGAGUAAACGGAUAUCCCGAACUGUUUCUUCGGUAGAUUUGUCCAUAGGUAGUUACUUUUGACGAAUGAUGAAAUGUUCAAAAAG